AUGUAGCAAACAUACAAGUUGUGAGAGGUCGACAAUCGUGGUGGAAGGUGUUUUCGAUAUGGAUUUGGCUGAAGGAGACGGGGAUGCGACCGCCAGCGAGCUCCUCCGAGCUCAAGCCCACAUAUGGAGCCACAUAUUUAGCUACAUCAACUCAAUGUGCCUCAAGUGUGCCGUGGAACUAGGCAUACCUGAUCUAAUCCACAACCACGGCCGACCCAUGACCCUCCUCGAGCUCGUCUCCGCGCUCCAUGUCCAACCCACCAAAGCUCAUUGCGUUUGCCGCCUCAUGCGUGUCCUUGUCCACUCUGGCUUCUUCGAACUACAGGAUGUCGAAGAAGCGGAUCGCCAAACCGGAUAUGCCCUCACCGGCGCAUCCCGACUCCUUGUAAAACACAACCCCUCGACCGCAGCGCCCUUCGUGGUCCCUGCGCUCGAGCCUUACUCCAUGAACCCGUGGCAGUAUUUGAGCGCAUGGUUGGGGGACAGAGAAGAUGUUCCAUCGACGUUCGAGAUGGCGCAUGGCAUACCGGCGUGGGAGCUCGUGAGGCGCAAUCCCAGGGUCGGCGGCUUGUUCCACGAGGCGAUGGCGAGCGACUCGAAACUGAUAGCGAAGCUGGUGGGGGAUACAUGUGGGGGAGUGUUCGAGGGGCUGAGCUCGGUGGUCGAUGUGGGAGGUGGGUCGGGGACGAUAGGUAAGGCCAUCACGGACGCGUUCCCGCACUUGAAGUGCACGGUGUUUGAUCUGCCGCAUGUGGUGGAUGGUGUGGUCGGAAGUGAGAGGUUGAAGUUCGUCGGAGGUGACAUGUUUGUGGAGAUUCCCCCGGCGGAUGCAAUCUUACUCAAGUGGAUAUUGCACGACUGGAGCGAUGAAAAAUGCAUUGAGAUUCUGAAGCGAAGCAAAGAAGCGGUGUCGGGUCGAGGCAAGGUUGGGAAAGUGAUUGUGAUAGAAAUAGUAGUAGGGAAUCAAACGGAAGAUCACAGAUCCACCGAAACGCAGCUCUUCUUUGACAUGUUGAUGAUGGUGAACCUCAACGGGAAAGAAAGGAGUGAAAAGGAAUGGGAAAAGCUAUUUGUUGAUGCUGGCUUUAGUGGUUAUAAGAUAAUCUCUCACUUGGGUCUUCGAUCCCUGAUUGAGAUUUAUCCUUGAUAAUUUCUCUGCUUAAUUAAGUUGCUUGGCUAUUUCUUGUUCUACCCUUGCUAUUAAUUGAUGUGUGAUAUGGAACAUCCUUGUUGCAGAUUGUAUUGGAA